ACGAGCUGGUGCGAAAGUUGAUAGUUAGGGUUAUCGCAUGUAAAGUGGGUUACGCAAAGUGGAAAAAUAGAUGGCAGUGAUGUUCGGUCCCUGGCUGCACUUUAUACAGGAAAUCAAGGGAAGAAGGCACCACAUGUAGCUCUUGUCCUAUAAAAGGAAGCACUUCGGCGACGAUGCAUAUGAACGAGAUAUGCCAUCGGAAAGGACAAGGUACAGCUGUUGCUACUGUACUUCCAUGGACUGGAUCUGGCGCAGUGCCAAAAUACAAAGGCGCGUUUGAGAAGAGAAAGCGUCAAAGCAAACGUGCGAAGGAGACUGAGAGCAGCAGGAAAAGGGAGGAGUGUGAAGAUCUUGACGAGGCAGUGAAGAAAAAUAAUCAAACAUGUCAGACCUUGGAGAAUGAGCUUCAAGAUGUUCUCCAGGAGAAGAAGCACUUGAGUCUCCACUUGUUCAACAAUAGCCAGAACACAGUCCAAUAUGAACAGGUGAAGUCAGAGUAUGCGCAGCUCAAAGAGACCCUUGGUGCUGUGACUCAGGAGAGAGAUUCAGCCCUGCGGGAGAAGACCCAGCUCCAAGGCAAACUGGAGAACCUAGAGCAGGUGCUAAAGCAUAUGCGCGAGGCUGCAGAGCGGAGGCAGCAGCUAGAGUUGGAGCAUGAGCAAGCCUUGGCUGUACUCAAUGCAAAGCAGCAGGAAAUUGACCUUCUGCAGAAGGCUCAGGUUGAGGCUAAGAAGGAGCAUGAGGGCGCCGUUCAUCUGUUAGAGAACCACUUGGACAGCAUGCAGGCAAAAGUCCGAGAGCUGGAGGAGAAAUGUCGGACACAGAGUGAGCAGUUCAACCUCCUGUCCAAAGAGCUGGAGAAGUUCCGGCUACAGACUGGAAAGUUUGAUAUCCUUGGCAGUGGCACCGAUCCCGUAACAGCGGGUGAAACCCCCGGAUCUCCCAACAAAUCCCUCUCCCAGCUCCUCAACGGGCUGGCUGCCCCCACAGUGAAAGGCAAUGAGAGUCCGCUGAGCAGAUCUGUGAUCUCUGAGUUCAUCCGACCGCUCCAGAUCAGUGGGGACAAGCCGGAGCUCCUGUCUGUAAAGCCAACAUUCCUCACCCGCAGCAGCAGCCAAGCUGAGAGCUCCCAGCGGGCCCUCCUCACCGAGAUGGACAAAGAACUAAGCUCAACGACUAGGACCAAGAAGAGGUUCACAGGCAAGGUCCGUCUGUGCGUCGCCCGGUACAGUUAUAACCCCUGUAAUGGGCCCAAUGAGCAUCCUGAGGCAGAGCUCCCCCUGGUGGCAGGGAAGUACCUCUACGUGUACGGCACCAUGGAUGAUGACGGCUUCUAUGAAGGAGAGCUGCUGGAUGGACAGCAGGGCCUCGUCCCUUCCAACUUUGUGGACUUUGUUAAGGAUGAGGAGAUGCCCUCUGCUCAGCACAGGGACGGGGCCAAAGAGUCAGGCUACCUCAGUAGUAACCACAGCAGCCUGGGCUCCACAGGGCUGGGCAGCAUGUGCCUGAGCAGCAUCAGCAGCCUGCUGUCUGACAGUAAGCUGGACCUGGAGACCAGCCUGGAGAGAAACCUGGAGAGAAACCUGGGGAGCAACCUCAGUUCCACUUUGGGUUCCACUCACUGUUCCACUCUUGGCAGCCACAUGGGUUCCAGUCACGGUUCCACUCUGGGCAGCCACAUGGGUUCUACUCUGGGCAGCCACAUGGGUUCCACUCUGGGCAGCCACAUGGGUUCCACUCUGGGCAGCCACAUGAGUUCCACCCACGGUUCCACUCUGGGUUCCACUCACUGUUCCACUCUGGGUUCCACUCACGGUUCCACUCUAGGCAACCACAUGGGUUCCACUCUGGGUUCCACUCACUGUUCCACUCUGGGUUCCACUCUAGGCAACCACAUGGGUUCCACUCUGGGUUCCAGUCACGGUUCCAGUCACGGUUCCACUGGCCUGGGUUCCAGUCUGAGCAGCACUCUGACUAGCCUAGGCAGCAGCAGCCUGGGCAUGGACUUUCUGGGCUCCAUGGGUUCCUGCAGUAACGGGACAGGGACCCUGGAUGUCAGCAUUGACGAGAUUGGUGAAAACAUCGUGCCUUACCCUCGCCGCAUCAAUCUGAUCAAACAGCUGGCCAAGAGUGUGAUCGUGUGCUGGGACCCACCGGUGGUGCCACCCGGCUGGGGCUCCAUCAGUGGCUACAACGUCCUGGUGGACAAGGAGGUGAGGAUGAGCGUGCCUUUUGGAGGCAGGACAAAGUCGCUCGUUGAAAAGCUGAACCUGGCCACCAACACGUACCGCAUCUCGGUGCAGAGCAUCACGGAGCAAGGCCUGUCUGACGAGCUACGCUGCACUCUGCUGGUGGGGAGGGACGUGGUGGUGGCUCCUUACUACCUGAGGGUGGACAACAUCACACAGACAUCUGCUGAGCUUUCCUGGCAGCCUAGCAACAGCAACUACAGCCACACCAUCUUCCUGAACGACGCUGAGUAUGACAUGGUGAAGGCAGGGGCCUACAAGUACCAGUUCUUCCAACUGAAGCCCAUGACUAUUUACAAGGUGAAGGCUGUGGCGCGGACACACCAGAUGCCUUGGCAGCUGCCCUUGGAGCACAGGGACAAGAGGGAGAUCUCUGUGGAGUUCUGCACCCAACCUGCAGGUCCUCCCUUCCCUCCCCAGGAGGUGCAGGUCCAGUUGGGCCAGAACCCUGGGGUGCUGCAGGUACGAUGGAAGCCCCCCCUCCUCACCCCCACUGGAACCUCCAACGGAGCCAACGUGAUUGGCUAUGCCGUGUGCACAAAGGGACAAAAGAUAGCGGAGGUGAUGUACCCUACGGCAGACUAUGUGACAGUGGAGCUGAACAGGAUCCAGUGUCUGGAGGCCAGGGAGGUCAUUGUCAGGACGUUAUCAGCAGAAGGAGAGUCUCAGGACUCCCCCGUGGCCACCAUACCGCACAGUAUCCUGGGGCCUCCCCAUCACUCACCCCACCAUCGCCCCCCUGCACACCCCCAUCCUUUGCCCCAGCACCAUCCGCCACACACACAAACACACCCGCCCUACCCCCAGACCUACCCCUUGUCACACCCCCAACCUCAGGUCCACCCUCAAUCCCAGCCCUACACCUUGCCCCAUGGUCAGCCGCUGCGCCACCCACCCGCUCACCCCCACCCCCAACACCAGCCUUACCCCAUGUCUAAGCCCAAACUAGUAAGUGCCAGAGAGUCAGAAACCAAAGAGCAUGAGGUAGGCCUGCGGCCUGGCCCGCCCUGGGAACGCUCCCUCUCGCCCCUCCCUCCUCCCAUGUGUGGUCACACUCUGGAGGCGCCCCACUUCCAGGGACGCCGUUCGCCCUCUCCUCAGAGGAUCCUGCCCCAGCCUCAGGGAGCCCCCAUCCCCAACACCAUCGCCAAGGCCAUGGCCAGGGAAGCUGCACAGAGAGUGUUCGCUGAGAGUAACCGGAUUGAGAAGAGGAACAUCUUCAGUGAGCGGAGCAUAAACUCUGAUGAGGAGGAGGAUGGUUAUGACUCUCCCCACACCAGGAGGAGAGGGGCCUCUGUGGACGAGUUCCUCAGAGGCUCUGAACUAGGGAGACAUGUACGGCACCACUACAGCCACAGUGAAGAGUACCAGACAGAGAGCAGCCGCGGCUCAGACCUGUCUGACAUCAUGGAGGAGGACGAGGAUGACCUGUACUCUGAGAUGCAGCUGGAGGAGGGCCGUCGACGCAACAUCAACUCUCACAACACUCUCAAGAUUAUAGGGAACUCCCCCUCCCAUGGAUGCUCCCAUGGCGACCGGCUGGACCAUUCAGGGAGGAGGCCGGUCCACGGCGGCAACCCCCCACAGCGACGGCCCAUGAUGGUUCCUUCCAUUGAGAUCACCAUGAUGGAGAGUAACACUGAGGGGAGUGAGGGGAACCUCUCACCUGGCAAGGAGAAUGUUUACUAUCACGGCAGUGUAGCUCGGCACAGGAUAUGGCAUCAUAAUGAUGGGUACGGCGGGCAGGGCCGCGGGCGCCGGUCGCCAGAAUACUACGAAGAGUCAGAGCCAGAGGACCUGGCACGUAUAUUUGUGGCCCUGUUUGACUACGACCCUCUGUCCAUGUCCCCCAACCCUGAUGCUGCUGACGAGGAGCUGCCCUUCAAAGAGGGGCAGAUCAUCAAGGUGUUUGGGGAUAAGGACACGGAUGGUUUUUACAGGGCAGAGAUCCGUGACCGUCCAGGUCUGAUCCCCUGUAACAUGGUGUCAGAGAUCCAGACUGAGGAUGAUGAGAUGAUGGACCAGCUACUCAAACAGGGCUUCCUCCCACUCAACACUCCUGUAGAGAAAUUAGAGAGGAACAGGCGGAGUGGGCGUCAGCACCCCUCGUCCACACGUAGAAUGGUGGCCCUGUAUGACUACGACCCCAGGGAGAGCUCCCCCAACGUGGAUGUGGAGUACGGGAGAGACGGGCUGAAUGAGGCUGAACUGACAUUCUGCGCUGGUGACGUCAUAACAGUUUUUGGUGAAAUUGAUGAAGAUGGGUUUCAUUAUGGCGAGCUCAAUGGGCACAAAGGUCUUGUCCCCUCCAACUUUCUAGAAGAAGUGCCUGACGAUGUUGAGGUUUUUCUCACUGACACUCCAUGUGGAGAUUCUCGAUACCCGCAGGACGCUGCAGCGCUGAUAAAGACCAAAAGGGUUCCGUUGGAAAAAUCGAGUCCGCCCAGAAGAGCUGCCUACCCCAAAGUGCACCAACACAUCCCCGGCUCUGGCCCUGCUACUGUGGGGCCUGGCAGUCCCAUCAGGGGCCCCCGCGACUUGUCCUCCAAAAAGAAAAAGGGACUGCUCUCCAAAGGGAAGAAACUAUUGAAAAGACUUGGCGCUGUAAAAUAACCACUUCAUAUACUUGAAGUAUAUUACCAACCACAUCAUAGAGGGCUCUAUUCAAUCUGUAGUCCUGAAGCGGUACAGAUUCCGUGUUUGAAAUGCAAAGGUCAUUUCCGAUUGAGCAGUGUUUACCAUGAAUGCGGUCUCCACUAAAGCGGGUACAUUGCCUUUAAAUUUCAAUCACGCUGAAAAGCUGAAUUUCCUCGUUGCGGAUUGAAUAGAGCCCUAAAUCUCAAACACUUCCAUUACUGUAAGUUCAGUCCUGUGAGAAGAAAAAAUCCAGUGGUUGAAGACUUUGAUGGCAUUUAAUAACCAGUCAGAUGCUGUACUCUUACACAUCUGUUGUUGUCUACUAGAAACCAUUUAUUUUUUAAUUGCAGUGUGUAUUUUGAAUAAGGUCCAGGGACCUCAUAGUUUGACAUUUAAUGUCAUAAGCCAACCUCUCUGAUCAUGUAUAUUUUGCUAUCUGAAGCACAGGACUGCAAUGCGAUGGGAUAAAAUAUUCUCCAUCUUGAAUUGGCCAAUAGUACGUAGGUGUGUGUUUGACUGAAGACUACAAUGUCCCCCAGAAUAUGAGGUGUUUAAACCAGUCUCUUUAGGGCUGAGAUCAAACGAUAGAGCUCAGAAUGGCCAGUCAACAUCAUACUUGAUGAGACUACUACUGGUGGCCCUUCCUAACCAUACACGUCAUGUUGUAGUACCCAAAUGAGGCAAGGAAAAGAGCAGUUUUAUGGCCAGGCAGCUGUGGUCCUUGUAUGGGAACUGUAUGGGAGGUUUGCAUGUUUUACCUGAAAGCACAUCCAGAAUGAUCAUUCCCACCCAGCAUUUGAAGCACAUGCUAACUGAUGGCCUUUUCUAUCAGAACAUGUUAGCAAGGCACAUGUGCAUGCUAUGUCGGUGCAUUUGAUGACAGAAUCUACACUGAGCAAAAUGUACUAAAUUAAUUUUAGUAGUAAAAAGCAUGCACAUUUGACUAGUCACGACCUAGCACCUGAAGUCAAGAUCUGUGCACUGGUAAAAUAUGCUACAUCUCCAGAAAGACCGAAGUCAGAUAAGCAAGUAUCAAUUCCUAACAGCAAGUAUUAGUUCUUCAAACACACCAAAAGACCUCUGGACAAGCACAUUAGAUAGGAAAGGGUUUCAAGAUUCAGUUUCUUUAUUUUUUAAGUAGUUGAAUGGUCAUGAAAUGCCUAGUUGAAACCAACCUCCAUGUAUUUGCCUUAUAAAUGCACAAUUGUUUGUGUCCAGUCAGUGGAGAUUUUUUAUGUCUUGUAUGCAUUCAUGUCAUUGCAAUACAUACUUCUAAACAUGAAAUAUUUUUGCAAAAGAUGUUUAUCAAAGCUCGUGAUGUGAAUUUUAUUACUUGUAAGAGUGUCAUGUUUUCUGGAGGACCUGAGCAUUAUUAGCUUGUUUGAAACUUCAGAAGGCCCAACUUUACACUCUUCAUGUUCUGUCCACAUUAAAAUGACAAAAAGAAAAAAAAGAAGUGUGGUGAAAAUGUAAAGGUGUAUUUAAUGGGGGGUUUUGUCAGUACAUUGUCACUAUUUUGGCACAAAAAAUUCAAGGCACUUUUAUGGCACUUUUAUUUUGUUCAUGUUAUAUACAGUACUUGCAAUGUGUUCAUUCUGCAUUCACAAUCCCAUUUUGACAUAGGUUUGUGUACAAGACAAUGGACAAGAAGGAAAUGCAAUUGAAGGCCGGUUCAAUCAAAACUGUUUCCAGGAUAAGUUUAAAUCAGCAUUCUUCCUGUGCAACAACAAAGUAUGGUGUGAAUUAAUGUGCAGUUGGUUUUCAUUUUGUUUAAAACAAAACAUUUUUGUAGAGUACACUCCAAACUUGCAUUAUGCAGUAGGAGAAUGUUGUUUUUGACUUAUCCCAGACACAAGGUUUGAUAAUAUGACUUACAUCCAAUGAAGGUUAUUCUAAGUUAUUUUUGUUACAUAGAAAUUGUGAUUUCAACAAGACAAGUCUACCUCCAUAAUGACCCCUAGAAUUCCAACUAAUUUGAAUCCAUGUUCACAGAAGCCAACUCCAUUUAUGAAACUGAGCUCUUUCUGUUUGCCCAGAAGUAUUGUAUUUGUGUCAGCCCCCAACUAGCACAUAGAGUAGUGAAUGUAUGAUUAAUUGAAAGCCAAUGUAUUAUAUUUAUCCAUGAUGAGUAUGCAGAUGUCCAGCCGUUUUCUGGUCCAGUUUGUAUGUGAAAGGAAACCUUUUUCCAUCUGUUAAGAACCUCUUACACUAUUUUGUUAAUCAUUUCAUCUUUCCAUUCAAUUUACAUCACUGUUUUGUUUUUGAACUACUACUUACAUGAGAUUUGAACUUAGACUGCCAAAAAAGAAUGUAUCAAAAGCAUUCUGUAUAAUGUUCUGUACAAUUCUCAGCCAAAUAGGCAUUUCAAUCUACAGUUAAUAGAUGUACAUCUUUUCCAUAAUAAGUUGUCCGUCAUUGCUUCUAUACAUAUUGUUUGAGUGACUUGCUCUUUUUGUACUUUGUCCAUUUGUAAAUUGUUUUUAAAUGUUUAUACUUGAUUUUCAGACUGCCUUUUUUGUACAUAAAAAUUUAUAAUCAAACUGUGCAAAGCUUUCCCCAUGGUGUCUUCAAAACCAUGUUUUAAAAGUCUGCAAUUGUGUGCUAGCUUUAUGAAAAGAAAUAGCCUAUAUUGGGGGUUACAAAAUAUUGUGUGGGUGUGCAUGUGCAAUUUUUUUUAUAAAACAAAUUUGAUAUUUUGUA